AUGAUCAUGCGCUGCCUCUCACCUGCCCCAGGGACCUCCCAGGGAUGGGAUGGGCAAGGCACCCGGAGGGUGGAUGGAACAGGAGGGAGAGGCUGUGAGUGCCCCCCAGCCAGCACCCUGAGCCUGCCUGGAGGGAGCAAGGUGGUCUCACCAUCCUCCCCACCUGAAGACUCCUAUGAAGAUAACGAAACCCCCAGCCCCAGCAGAUGUGCAGGCUCAGGAGGUGCUGACACUGACAGCAGCCACUACGAGUCCUACGAAGAGGAUGAGGAUGGUGUGAUGGACCGUGCCCACUACCUGAGGUGGUCAGCAGCCCCCAGCCCCGAUGCUGACCCCCCCGGGCACCCCGAGGCACAGCUCUGUGGCUUCCUCUGGAGGAGGCGCUGGCUGGGACAGUGGGUGAAGCAGCUCUUCAUUGUCAGGGAAAACGUGCUGCUGUGCUUCAGAUGUGCUGCUGACCCACAUCCUGUGCUGGUGCUGGACCUGCGGGGCUGCUGUGUCACCUACAAAGCCAAACGUGGCAAGAAGAUGCCCCAUGCCCUGAAGGUGACAGGGACAGCAGGCGAGGUGCUGGUGAUUGGCUUCCAGAGCCAGCAGCAAGCUGAGGACUGGAGGAAGGUGAUUGCAGAGGUGAGCAGCAAUGCCCCGGGCGGGCUGGCAGCCAUUGGUGUCCCAGUGUCACCUUCCUCAAGGCUCAGCAGAGCCGCUGUCUCCCAGCUCAGCAAGGAGAAGGAUGAAGCUUGCCCUGGCGAGGAUGCUAAAGGAGGUGGGUGUGGAGGAUGGGGACAGACAGGACCAGGGGCUGUCCCUGUCCCCGUGUCCCGGCUGACGGGGGCGGUACCCGCAGGUUUCCUGGCGGUGCGGUUGCGCUGGCAGCGCCUGUGGCGGGCGGUGCGGGACGGAGCCCUGCGCAUGGCCCCCGGCCCGGGGGGGGGAACGCAGCCCCCUGGCUGUGCCCUACGGCUGCAGGGCUGCCAGGUCUCCCCAGGGGCGGCCUCCGGCUCCCCCCGGCACCUCCACAUCCGCAUCGCCCAGCGGGGCCGGGAGCUCACCCUGCAGACCCGCCCGGAUGAGGAGAGGGAAGCUUGGCUGAAGACCCUGCGGGCCAGGGGAGGAGGGGAGAUGGCAGGGGGCAGCCCCGGUGCCGAGCCCCCCAGGUUGGGCGAUGCCAGCAGCUGCCCUGCUGCAGGUGGGCUGCUGCUGCGACGAGUCCCGACCCCCAAUACCUACAUGGAUGAUCCCUUCGGGCAGCUCCCACCACCUGAGACCCCCAAGCACAUUUACUCCAACAUGGAGCGGCUGCAGCAGUUGCAGCAGAGUUUGGACCGAGUGGUGCAGAGGCAGCGCAGGAGACCCGUGUCUGCCCUGCCCUCCCCAGCAGCACCAGCAGCAGCAAUGCGGGGCAGGGACCCGCAGCGCUCAGAGCUGAGCCCCGAGCUCCGGAGCACGGAUCUGUCCCUGUCCCAGCGCACUCUGACACUCCCCGAGAGGAAAGGGGCUCGGGAUGGACUGGAUAUCCUCAUCGGGAAAAGAGCCUUCCCCAAGCUGGAGGAGAAGGUGGGGCAGCUGGAGAGGGGCAGCCCCAUGAAGGGGAGGCUGAAAGCCGGCUCGGAGAUGAACCUCCUGGCCAUCAGCAAGUCCCUGAGGGGCCACAUCGCUGCCACCACCACCGCCAGCAGCAGCUCGGCUGGCUCCGAGCAGGGCUCAUUCCUCAAGCCGCUGCUGAAGCGCACAGCAUCAGCCAGGAGUGCCCUGAGGCCCCCUCCCUCCCCACUGCUGCUGGAGAGGGGGAAAGUGCUGCAGAGGAGAAAGGAGUGGGAGAUGAAGUCUGCGAUGUGACUGAUGCUCCAGAAGCCCCGUCCCCCCCUUUUCUUGGGGCAGCCCCCCCCAGAUGGACCUGCAGGACCAGGCAUCCCUCCACGGAAAGCAGCAGAGCUGCACGUGGGUUGUGCAGGACCAAACUCGACGUUCUGUUUUGUUUUGUUUUGUUUUAACCAUCAAUAUCAACACUACAGCUACACACAUCUAUUUUUAUAUAGACAUUUUAUAUAUAUAUAUAUAUAGAUAUAUUCCUAUAAACUCUCCCUUUGUGGGUUUCUGGUCACUCUGGAAUUUUCUCGCCCAUCCCAGCACCUUGGUUUUGGGGCAGAUUGCAACCUCAUGAGCCACCAGCUCUGUCCCCAGUGUGGGUCUGGUGGCAUGGUGCACCCCCAGAUCCCCCAGACCCCCGGGGAUGCCUGCUCAGAGGGAUGGGCACACAUAGAGAGGGGAGGGGGCUGCUUGGGGCACCCUAAGAGUCAGUCAGUGGGACCCGGGCUGGGCCCUGGGCUUCUUUCCAGCUGCUGUGUUUGCGUCGUGCCUUGUUUUUAAGUGUAGAACCGUGGG